GGCGGCGCACCUUUCCCCCCCCCCCCGCUCGCGCGAGCCAAGCCCCCCUUUCCUCGUCGGCCCCCAUGGCGCGCCGCGGGGGCGCGGCGGCGCUCCUGGCGCUGGCGCUGCUGCUGGCGGCGCUCGCGCGCCAGGCCGCCUUCGCGGGCGCCCCCCGGGGCCGCGCGCCCCCCAGCGCCCGCGCCCCCGACGCGGCGGCCGCCUCGGCGCGCCGCUACAGGAGCAUCCAGUCACCAGAGGCUGCUGGGCUCCUCGAGACGGGCGAGUGGGCCUACCUCGACGUGCGCCGCCCCGACGAGCAGCAGGCCGUGGGCGUCCCCGAGCUCCCAGAGUACGGCGCCGGCCUGCACACGGUCACCUCGCACGUCGUGCCGUGGGAGGAGUGGCUGCCGCAGGUGGAGUCCACGUUCCCCGAUAAGGGCCAGAAGCUCAUCGUGGGCUGUGCCGCUGGGGUGCGCUCGAAGGCAGCAGCGCAGGUGCUCGAGGGCGCAGGGUACACCAGCGUGCUGGAGCUGGACGACGGCUACAACGGCUGGCGAGCGAGCGGGCUGCCGGCGAGGAUGCCGUGAGCGGCCCGACCUGCCGGCGCGCGCGGGUGGCGCGCGGGAGGGCGGCUCGUGCGUCCGCCGCGCUGCCCCGCAGGGAGAUGGGAUCCUCAA